AUGGAGGACAGAAAGGAGAGUGAACAUCACCUACUUGAGUCUCAGCCUGGUGCACCCAUUGGGGAUCCCAGUGGAGAGUACUUCUCAGUAUGGGUGGCUGACACAAAGCAUAGGAAUAGGCUAGGAGAGAGUGCAGAUAAGGCUAUAGGAGGAUGGAAAUCUGAGUGCAAAGCAAGUUCAGCAAAGUCCCUAGGAACCUCUCUGCUGUGGAUUAACCAAAAGCAUGAAUCAAGAAAAGUUAGGAGAUUUCAAGCUCAAGUCCAGAUAGGGGGCAAGAGCAUAGCACUCAAAACAGAGAAGGUGGUACUUAGGACAUUUACAGCUGAAGACAAAAGGCUUCAGAGUUAUCAAAAAAAAAAAAAACUAGUUGUGAAUAAUACAGCUAGUAUUGAAGAGAUAAACAUGAUUAAAGACAAUGAUGGAAGGAUUAUUCAUUUAAAUAAUCCCAAAGUCCAUACUUCCCUUUCUACCAACAACUUUGCAAUUACUGUUCACACAGAAGACAUACCAGUUAUAGAAAUGCUUCCUGGAAUAUUAAGUCAGCUUGCUGCUGACAGAAGGAGCCUUAGAAAGCUAGCUGAACAUUUUCCAUGGCAAGUAUGGAAUAGGAAAUCCCCAAAACCAGAAGACAUAGAUGAAGAUGCUAGUGAUAUUCCAGAUCUUGUAGAAAAUGCUUAUGAAACAUUGAAAAAUGAAACUAAAUUCUUCUGA